CAGAACUCUUAAAACCGGGCUGUUCCGGCCUUCGGGGUGGGGUGGAGUCAAGGUGGAGCCACAGGUUGCGUGGAUGGCAUGAGCAGCUCACCAAGGGCGGUGUGAGAAGUGGGCACCAUGUCUGAGGGAGCGUACCAACGCCUCUGGGACACCUCCCACGUGGCCCUGCAGGAGCUGCUGGACCAAGAGCAGCCCCUGCUCCAGCCCGUGCCGGACCGGGAACGGCAGUCGUUCCAGUACAGGCUCUCGUCGCUCUACCUGCACUACCUGGGGCUGCUGCGCCGGUUCGACACCCUCCAUGACCAGAUGGUGCAGCCGCAGAAGCGGCGGCUGCUGCGGCGCCUGCUGGACAGCGUGGCCGGCCGCGUGCUGGAGCUCAAGGACGACCUGGUGCGCGCGGACCUGAGCGAAUACCACCGCCUGGACCGCUUGCUGCACGACCUGAAGUUCACCACGGCAGACCUGGAGGUUCCAAUCCCCAGAUACUUCCUGCUGGAGCAGUCCAGCAUUCUGAAGGAGCGGGAGCUGAUGCUGGCAGAGAUCCUGUCGAGAAUGGAGCCAGUGACCUCCAGGGAGCGUUUUCCAGAACUGCGCCGGACCGAGGCCAUAAUCCUUCUGCAAAGGGCUGAGCGGGCCAGGCAAGGCCGGCUCCGAGCCAUCUUCAUGCGAGAAAUUCGGAAAGAGGAGGAGCGGGAUCGGAAGAUUCGAGAGGAAGGUUGGCACAAGUUCAGUCAGGACCAAGCAGCUGUCACCAUUCAGAAGGUGUGGAAGGGUUACCUGCAGAGGAAACGCACUCAGCAGGACCGGCGAACUGAGAUGGAGUUCAUCGGCAUGCUCCCCUCGCCUAACAAGGUGGAAAGCUUGGGUAUCAUGUUCCAAGCUGGCCUCAGGGACGAUGUCCGGAGGCUCUGCCAGAUAGAGAAGGAGGAGGAGCUCCAGCUGGCGAUGGUGAAGACUCAUGAUUCUCUCAGAGAGACAGAGGGACCUGACAUAAAGGAGAAACUGAAGGAGCAAAUCCGACAGUGGUUUAUUGAGUGCCGUGCCCUUACUGGUCGAUUCCCUGAUUAUCCAGAUGAGUCUUUAGGUGGAUCCUACCUGAUCUUUGCUGACAAGACUCCAGAACAGCUGAAAAUGGAACUGGAGGCGCAGGUCCAGGAGAGCAAAAAAAAGGACCAAGAGAAAAAUAAGGAAAAAGAAAAGGAGAAAAAAGAGAGGAAGAAGAAAGGGAAGGAAACAAAGACCAGGAAGGGGGAAGCAGACGCAAUACUGAAAGUCUCACCAUCCAAAUUUAUACCUGUGAUUAAUGCCGCACACGAGGAGUAUAUAACUGUCUGGAGGAGCCGGCAUGAGAGCGUACACCCCAAUCAGAGUUUUGACCCCGAGAUGCUCCGGGUGGAGAAGAGGAAGGAAGUGGAGCAGGAGAUCCGGAUACAGGUGGAUGAGUUGAUGCGUCAAGAGUUGAAGAACCUGCGCCUGGCUGUGGACAGGGAGGAGGAGAGAGCCUUGAAGGCUCCGAAGAAAAAGACCGGGAAGAAAACUGGGAAGAAGAAGGAAAAAGAUCUGACCCCAAACAGGACCCUGGACUCUCUGUUUGAAGAGCUUGUGGUCUCUGGCUUCCUAAGGAAGAGUCAGACUGUGGCCUUGAAAGACUACAUUGGGGACUACCUCUAUCUUGGAUCCACGCUGAGUUUGGCAAACAAGUUGCCUAUGCCUUCCCUGUUUGACAUACGACAGAACGUGGCCUUGUACGCGGUCCUUCGGCUUGGCUCCCCAGAUAUACACUCCAUGGCUCCCCUCAUCCGUUCCAUCCUCCUGGUGGGCCCCUCUGGCACGGGGAAGAAGAUGCUGGUCAAGGCCGUGUGCACAGAAACCGGUGCCAACCUGUUUGACCUGUCACCUGACAACCUGCAGGGCAAAUAUCCUGGCAAGACCGGGGCGCAGAUGAUAGUGCAUAUGGUCUUUAAGGUGGCUCAACUCUUACAGCCCUCUGUUAUCUGGAUCGGGAAUGCCGAGAAGAACUUCUAUAAGAAGGUCCCAAAAGAAGAGAAGGAGAUGGAACCGAAGCGAAUAAAGAAGGAUCUCGCCAAGGCCCUGCGACUGCUGCACCCGGGAGACCGUGUGAUGCUGAUCGGGACCACCAACCAGCCGCAGCUGGCGGAGAUGCAGGGGCUGUGCCGGACCUACGAACGGAUCCUCCUCGUGCCGCGGCCCGAUUAUGCUUCUCGCUACGUGCUCUGGAGGCAGAUGAUAGAGGCCCACAGAGUCCACGUGACCCAGGGCCUGGACAUCAGUGCCCUGGCCAAGGUAUCUGAUGGGUACACACCCGGCCACAUUCACCAAGCCGUCCAAUCAGUGCUGACAGAGCGGCGGGUCCUACAGUUGUCAAAGAGGCCCCUGGUGGCCUCGGAGUUCCUGGGGCAUCUGGCGAAGCUGGAGCCGGUGUACCGGGAAGAGGAGGAGUCCCUGAAGGAUUGGUACUUCAAGACCCCACUGGGCAAGAAGAGGCUAAAACUCAGCAAGGACCAGGAUGCUGAGGAGGCCAAGCUGGCAAAGGAGAAGAAAAGAAAGUGAUGGCUGAGGCCAGGGCGCCCGGGCUUAGCAAGGGGGACUGGGCGGUGCCCGCAGGUGGAGGGCCGGGGGCAGAGACAUAAACGCCCACACGGCUUGGGGAGCAGCU